AACUUGUACACAAACUCCGGAAAAAACCAAUUGCCAUGUUACUUUUUUGAGCACUAAGUUUUGAAAUCCUCAUCAACCACUUCUUUUAUUUUUAUCUUUUUCGUAAUUCCUAAAGAUUCUGCUGUGGUGACUGUGGAUAAUGGCAAUCUUGGUGGUGUUCCUUGUACUAUUUCUGAUUAACCCAGGAGUUUCACAGACAAACAACAGCCAAAACAAUAUUAACACACCCAUCAGAUCAUUCUGUGGUCGUAACCCUCCGACAAUUCUAUCAAAUUUUGUCAACAACCGCAAUUCUACCCUCGCUGAGAUCAGAAGAAAAUUAUCAACCAACAAUGUAUUCUAUGCUACAGCACAGAGUUUAUCAGAAGGAGACUCGGUCUUUGGAGCUGCCCAGUGCAGGAACUACCUCUCCGCAGCUCAGUGUGUGGCUUGUUUUGAUGCCGGCGUGUCUCAACUAAUCAGCUGCCUUACUGGCAAUGGCGCUUAUGUUUUCUUGGAUAACUGCUUUGUCAGGUACGAGAACUAUAACAACUUCUACACUAAUCCAGAUGUGGUCGAGGAUGUCGGUAUAGCACCACUUCAAUUAUGUGGUAAUCAGUCGGCAUCUCAGCCAACUUUCCAACAAGAUGUAAAUGGGUUGUUAUCCGAUAUUAAAGAUGCCACUCCAAAGACCUCUAAUUUCUAUGUAGCAUCCACAAGGAAAAUCACAAAUGGAAAUGGAACUGUGUAUGCGAUUGCACAGUGUGUAGAAAAUACAAGCCAGACCAUAUGCCAAAACUGCAUCAAUGCAGCAUAUAACGAUCUAUCUAAUUGUCUUCCUAAUACUGAAGGAAGGUCUAUCUACAUGGGUUGUUUUUCAAGGUAUUCAGUGACUCCGUUCUUCAACGAUAACCAAACAAUAGACAUCACAAAUCUCUCAAAAGGGCGUUCAAGUAAUAUACCCAAAAUUGCUGGAGCAAUUGCUGGUGUAGGUUUUCUAUGUAUUUUGGUCGUUUCUUGGUUAUUGUUUCGACUAUGGAAGAAGUCUAAGAAGACAGAAGAAGGCGAACCAGAUCUGGACGGGGCAAUUAACUACAAUUAUAAACAGCUACAAUCAGCAACUAAUAAUUUUAGCGAAGAGAAUAUAUUAGGGAGAGGAGGUUUUGGUGAAGUCUUCAAGGCAGUUCUAGAUGAUAAUAACAUUGUGGCAGUUAAGAAAAUUGAAGUAGGGCACACUAAUAAAGCAAAAGAAGAAUUUGAAAAUGAGGUGAAACUUAUAACUAACGUUCACCACCGAAAUCUUCUUCGUCUACUGGGAUGGUCAAGUGAAGGAUCAAAUCUACUUCUUGUCCUGGAAUACAUGCCAAAUGGUAGCCUAGACAGAUUCUUAUGGGGUGCAAAAAAGGGGACUUUGAACUGGAAACAACGAUAUGACGUAAUCUUUGGGAUAGCAAGAGGUCUUGCUCAUCUUCACAAUGAAUUCCAUGUAAAAAUCAUUCAUAGAGACAUAAAGUCAAGCAACAUUCUCCUUGAUCAUGAUUUUCAACCAAAAAUAGCUGAUUUUGGGCUAGCAAGAUUUUACCCGGAUGAUCUAACUCAUAUUAGCACCAAGUUUGCUGGGACACUGGGCUAUACAGCGCCAGAAUAUGCACUUCGUGGUAUUUUAUCAGAAAAAGUUGAUACUUACAGCUUUGGUAUCGUGGUUCUUGAAAUUAUUAGUGGACGAAGGUGUACUGACAUGAACAAUGAAAAUCCAUCCAUGGAUUACCUCCUGGAAAACGCUUGGAAGUCAUACGAGAAUAAGAAUCAUAUUAAGUUUAUUGAUGAAACACUGGAUGUCAACUUUAACCAAGAGGAACAUAUGAUGCAAAUCAUUGAGAUUGCAUUGUUAUGCACCCAAUCACCAGCUUCUAAAAGACCAACCAUGUCAGAAGUUGUUUCCAUGCUAACAAAUCGCCAAUCUGUGGGGAAUAGACAGCUAACCAGACCUACUCCCAUUAAUCAAGAUAGGAGGAUUCAAAUAGGCUCUCCAAAUAAGGCAAUCAACAUUGGUAUUUCUGGAAUACCAAAGGAAUUAGAGGCAAAAGAAAGUGCAUAAUUAUAUGACAAAGUAGACAUGAUGGAGAAAGGUGUCAUGAAUAUAGCAACAGUCUAGUAAUUUUUUUCUUCUGACCUUGAUAGUCUUUAGGGUUGAUCAAUCAUGUUGUGUUUGAUGUGUCUUUUAAAAGGAAAAAAGAACCAAAAUUAGGUUGUUUGUUAUUUUUUUUAGAUGUAUAUAUGUGAUUAAUAGUUGAUCAUGAGUUGAAUCUAAAUACAAUAAUACAUUGUAAUUUUUGUUUA